GCACAAAUCACUCUGACACAGGAUUCAAGAUGGCGUUGUAUAUUCUACUGCUGAUGCUCACAGCCUGUGCUGCCACUCCUCAAGAUCUCUCCGGUAAAAUGUUUACCUUCCCUCAGGAAAGCAACACAGCUUAUGUGCAACUGACACCAAAAAGAGUGGAUUUCGGAGCUAUAACUGUCUGUCUCAGGACCAUUACAGACCUCAACAGGAACCACGUCCUUUUCUCUCUGUCAACACCCUCUGGUUCGGAUGCUUUUCUCAUAUUCAAGUCUACUAUUGAUGAGAUUCUAAUCUAUGUCCAUGGUCCACCUGGAACAUUUGGGGGAGAGGACUACAAAGUGAACACGUGGCACUCAAUAUGUUCUACAUGGGACUCUGUGACCGGUGUGGUGCAGCUGUGGCUAGACAACAAGCCCUUCAUUAGGAAAUAUGUUGGUGGAGCAAGAAUCAGAAAUCCUUCUAUUAUCAUUGGACAGGAGCAGGAUUCCCAUGGUGGAGGAUUUGACAAAACACAGUCUUUUGUUGGCAUGAUCUCUGAUGUCCACAUGUGGGACUACACCCUCUCCGCCUGUGAGAUCCAGAACUACGUGGAUGAACUAAACUUCACUCCGGGGAAUGUGCUCAACUGGAGCGAGCUGGAUUUCCAGAUCACUGGAAGAGUGCUGACAGAAGAUAAACAAAUGACCUGUCACUAAACUUGUAAAGUUUGAAAAAGUGAAUGCUUUAAUUUCUGAUUAAACCUAAUGAUGUCAGCAUGAGUUUUUGAUGGUUCAGAUCAAUUGUUUCCUGCCUGUGCUAGACUGAGCAAAACAUUACUCCAAGGUUCAGCUCAGGCUACAACAAGGUCUGUGUAGGCUAGAGUUACCCGAACCAUGUUUCUUUUGACACCAUAUUUUUCAAUAAAUGUGUUCUACAAAA